UACUCGCAGUUACUACAGCAGUGGGCCAUUAAAAACCAACCCCAGAGCAAUACAUCCUGGAGGUUGCAGCAACAGGAGUUGGCCCGUCGUAUGGAGAGCUGGAACAGGCUUUGCGAUCACAGCUGCAGCUCCACACUGUGACAGACAGAGGCUUGCAGGGGAAGAUCUCAGCUGGAGCACUUUGAUGGAAGCUGACCGCAGAGAAGCUGUUUAGAGGAUCUCUGGUCGAUAUGCGGAGAGUUGUAAUUCCUGCAGAACUGAAAGGAAUGAUCAGUAAUAAGCCAAACUCCAAUCAGUCACGACAGACGGUUUCAUGUCUGUUGUCACGCUCUCUUGGUGAAAUGAAGCCACAAGCUGCUGAUUUUGAAUAUUCAUCUGUUUCCCCCAGGGAGCCUAUUCACCCCCAGAGCCUCUGCCUUGAGGAUGGAAUAGCUUUCUUUUGUCUGAGACACCCAGAGGCAAAGUGAGCUCAGUGCAGCAGUGGGAUAUAAAAGGCAGAGUCAGGCUCAGGCAAACACAGAACAUGCUUGAGCAACAAUACAGGGAGGCUGCAUGGUUUCUUCAGCUGCAAGGCAAGAAAACCCUUCAGAUGAAGUCAAAGCAUGUCGGAUUCAUCGGGGAAUUUAUGAAAAGUAAAGCAAACUGAGAAUCGUCUCAAUGGAUUUCUCAUUUCAGAGCCUCCUCUGGACUGAAGGAAGCUCACAGUCCCGCUGGGAUGCUGGCCAUUCAGCACUUCAACUCCUCUGGCGCCACGGUCCCGUCUAACGAUAUGGCCAUGCUCCACAAACUUGAAAUGAAGGGCUUAGCGUCACCAAACGCCACCGCUCCGCGGAGCCCCACCUCCGCCAGCCUCAACAUGACCCUGGGCAUCCUGUUCAACAUGGUGGCCCUCAUCAUCCUGGUCAAGGCUUACAACCGCUUCCGCCGCAGGUCAAAGGCCACUUUUCUGCUCUUUGCCAGCUCGCUUGUGGCCACAGAUCUGGCCGGACAUAUUAUCUCCGGAUCCUUGGUUCUGAGUAGAUACUCCGCGAGCACGAGCUCCUCCAACAACGGGACCUUCUGCUUCCAGGGGGACCCAGACAAUCCAGAUCCCUCCUGUCAGUUUCUGGGAGGCUGCAUGGUGUUUUUUGGUCUGUGCCCACUUUUUCUGGGCUGUGCCAUGGCUGCGGAACGCUGCCUGGGCAUCACCAUGCCUUUGCUGCACGCUCGCCUGUUGACCACGGCGAGGACGAAAAUGGCGCUUGCCGUCAUCUGGUUCCUGGCCUUGUUCGUGGCCCUGCUGCCCGUCUUCCACCUAGGGGACUACACUUACCAAUACCCAUGGACGUGGUGCUUCAUCAGGGUGAUGCAUGGCACCAAAGCCACGGAUCUGGCCUACAUGAUACUGUUCUCUUCUCUGGCACUGAGCUCUCUGGCCGUGGCUUUUGUGUGCAACACCAUCAGCGGGAUCACGCUCGUGAAAGCCCGGCUUAGGACGAGGUGCCCCUCCCAGCGUUUCUCCGUAAGGUCCCACGAUACAGAGAUGGUGGUGCAGCUGGUUGGCAUCAUGGUCACAUCCUGCAUCUGCUGGAGCCCUCUACUGGUCUUUGGACUGAUCUCAGCUACCCUCUCCUACACUGGCUCUCUGGACACUGACAAAACCACCCAGUACAGCAAACUGAUGGUGACCGGCGUCAGAAUGGCCACCUGGAACCAGAUUUUGGACCCCUGGGUCUACAUCCUGCUGCGGCGGGCCGUCCUCAGAAGAAUCUACCGCAUUACCAAAAAGCGGGCCAGUUUUAAGGGCAGAGCCCUCCGGUCGAGCCGCUGGGAGACCAGCUCCCUCUCGAACUCUGUAAAAAACAGCGUCAAGAAGAUUUAAAUGGAGAAAAAAAAAAGGACCUUUUUUAUUUUAUUAGCUGUUUAAAUGAGGGUGGUUCCCUCAUAAAGUGAAAACAAUUUGUUUGUUGUUUGUUCUAAGUAAGAAUGCAGUGUUUCACAUCUGAAACGUUUGCUUAUAACGAUGUUUUAGUUGGUUAAUUGUGACAACAGACAUAAAAAAACAGAUUCCCCCACAUUACCAUUAAAGAAUUAAUUUUCCUGUCUGAGUGCAAUAGUAAUGUGAGAAAACAGUGGUGCCUAAAGGGUUAGAACCCUUACUUCUAAUUUUGCACACAACUUUAAGCUGAUUUACACAAAACAACAAAUCUGUGAUGCAUGAGGGAUACAUUAAAUUACAGAUGAAUGGUUCCAGUUACAGGUUGUAUACCUGACUCAAAUAAGCUGAACGGCUUUUAAGACAAAUGUAAAACAGAAAUGACUCAUAAAGCAAACAAGUUCUCCGGAUCUGACAGCUCUUUAACGUGGAUUUGUAGUUCAAAAGGGUCACAUUUGACCUCUACUCCUUUAAACGGCUUCAUUCUGAACUUCCCUUGAAGCACCAUUCCAAAUAAGGAAAACUGUCAUCCAGAUCCUACGGAUAGUAUUUUGACGUAUGUCCUUUCUCCUGAUGAUGUCAUUGGGUCGUAACAAAAGCAUCUCAAGUCCAAACUUGGUGUGUAAAUGUUGUCUGUCUCUGUUUCAGUGUAAAAGUCAAAGACUUGUGCCGAUGCUCAUGACUGAGCGCAUAAGAAGCUGUGUUAUUACCUCAGCAUGAAGAUGUGAAAAACACAUGAAUGUAGGUGUUGGUGUUGUAUUUGUGUGCAUCCCCCCAGGUGUCUUAAGGGCACAGAAGUGAAGCUUUAGAUGAUCUUGUACAGAAAAGUGAAUGUGUGUUUGUGUAUUAUUAAAUGGUUUCUUUUGAAAUCCUUCA